CGCACCCUGUCCAAUUGUAAGCGGAAGCGUCUAAGCUCUAAUGUUUACUUGUUGUGUUUACCAGGUGUUUUUAAAUUUCAACUUCUAUUAUUUUACUCUUUGAGGUGUUUACUCAUUAUUAAGCUAUUAACUUGUUUUUUUUUAUGUGCUGUUACUAUUUACUUGUUAAUUUGGUUUUGUAUUGUUGAAAAGAUGAAAGUUUUCAUUCUUUUCGCUUUUAGCGCUUUUGUACCUGAAAGUCUAGCAAUAUGGUGUUAUCAGUGCACAUCAGCCAUCCCAGGAUGCACAGAACCAUUUAAUUGGCGUGGUAUAGGAUACCUGGGCAACCCAUGUCCUGAUAGUGAAGACAUAUGUGUUAAACUUAUCGAAAGAAAGGGAGCUGAAAAGGUUAUAACCAGAGACUGCUUGAGUAACUUCAAGGCAUUCCGUACUGACAUCCCGGCAGAUACAUAUGAAGGGUGUAGAGCAGCUGCUAAAGAUGUUAAUCUAGCUAAUUAUGUAAAUAACACAGUAAAAGAAAUUGAUAUAAGCAGAAAAUGGUAUGAUGAAACAACCUGGUGCUUUUGCUUUUUGGAUCACCGGUGCAAUGAUGCAUCAAUUGUUUCAACUUCAUGGUUUUUGUCACUGUGCUUGGCAUUAGGAGUAUUCACAAAGGCAUUGUUGUGACCCACUCAUGCAAUGAACACCAAUUGUUAGUCAACAAUUGUAGUUAGGUACUAUGUAUUUUGAUCAUUGUGCACUGAAUCAUAAGAAUCUGUAGAUUUAAUAAAUUUUACAAUUAAAUUGUAUGAACUGACAAUUUUAGCUAUUUAUAUGUUGUAUGUAUAUUAGAAAUGAUUCCAGUUAAAUAUUCUGACUGUUAUAUGUAUUUAGUUGUAUAUUUUACAAUAAUGUUACAAUGCUAAGCUUGUCCACCUUCCUUUAAGGCAGGCAACAUUCCUGUGAUUCCUCUGGUGUUUCAAGAGAAUGUGAGCGGUGGUUAUCACUUAACACCAGGUGACCCGUACGCUUGUUUGUCCUCCUUUUUUCUUAAAAAAAAAUAAUCCUAGAAAGGUCUAAUAAACUAUAUUUAUAUGUCGUUGUAUCAUUCACACUAUAGGCGUUUAGAUGCUUUUAAACACGCUGGCGUGUUGUAUUUUAUGUAAAAACAAUGUGUAGUCAUUAUAUUCCGUCCACUUAACAUAAUACUUAUUGUUAGUUUUACAGUUAUAAACUUAAGUGAUUAAAUUAUGUGCCGUCCAACUUAUAAGCAUGACAAUUUUAAAAGAAUAAAAAUAUAUUAUUAUA